AUGAGUUCCAUCCGGCGCAUGUCCCCGACGGACCUACUCUCCCUCAACCUGACGAAUCUCGACCCAUUGACGGAGAACUAUGACCUGGGCUUCUACCUCAAUUACCUCAUGCGGUGGCCUUCCCUCUUCAGCAGUGUCCAAGACCGCCGAGAAGGCAUCGUCGGUUACAUCAUGGGAAAGACCGAAGAACAACACCCAUCCAUGCGUCACUCUGAACACUAUACUCCCUGGCACGGCCAUAUCACCGUCUUGACAGUGGCACCCGCAUGGCGUCGGCUUGGCCACGCUCGCCGUCUCACGGAGAGACUCGAGCGUGGAUCCGACAUCAACGACGCCUGGUUUGUCGAUCUGUAUGUCCGAUCUGGGAAUAAGAUAGCGGUGGAUAUGUAUAAGGGAAUGGGAUACUCUGUAUUCCGGCGAGUGGUGAAUUACUAUAGUGAUGAUCCGACGGGAAUGUCGGAUUCCGGUGAAGACGCAUUUGAUAUGCGGAAACCAUGCUCUCGAGAUAAGAAUCUACAACAUGUUCGGGAGAAUGGGGAGGAUUUCCUUGUUAGUCCGGAGGAUGUUUCAUAG